UUAUUUAUAUUAAGUAUUUAUUUUUUAUUAUAUGAUUUAGUUUAUUUUGUUGAGUAUAAUCUAAUUGAAAUUAAUUCUUCUUGUGUAGUAAUAACAUUUUUAUUUGAUUGGAUAUCAUUAAUUUUUAUAAGAACAGUUUUAUUUAUUUCUUCUUUGGUAAUUUUAUAUAGAAAUUCUUAUAUAAUAAAUGAUUUAAAUUUGAAUCGAUUUAUUAUAUUGGUAAUUUUAUUUGUUGUAUCAAUGAUAUUAAUAAUUGUUAGUCCAAAUUUAAUUAGUAUUUUAUUAGGUUGGGAUGGGUUAGGUUUGAUUUCUUAUUGUUUAGUAAUUUAUUAUCAAAAUGUUAAGUCUUUUAAUGCUGGUAUAUUAACUGUUAUUUCUAAUCGUAUUGGUGAUAUUUUUUUAUUAUUAUCAAUUUCUUGAAUAAUAAAUUUUGGAGGCUGAAAUUUUUAUUUUUAUAUAGAUGUUUUAAAAUAUAAUUCUUUUAUAAUAGUAAUUACUUUAAUAAUUUUGAUUGCUUCAUUUACUAAAAGUGCUCAAAUUCCUUUUUCCUCUUGACUCCCUGCAGCAAUAGCUGCUCCUACUCCUGUAUCUUCAUUAGUUCAUUCUUCUACCUUAGUAACGGCGGGGGUUUAUUUAUUAAUUCGAUUUGAAAAUUUAUUUAAUAGAGAGAAUUUUAUUAUUAUAUUUUUAUUAUUAUCUAGAUUAACUAUAUUUAUGUCUGGAUUAAACGCAAAUUUUGAAUUUGACUUAAAAAAAAUUAUUGCUCUAUCAACUUUAAGUCAAUUAGGUUUAAUAAUAAGAAUUUUAUUUUUAGGAUUUAAGUUUUUAGCUUUUUUUCAUCUUUUAAUAGAUGCAUUUUUUAAAGCAUUAUUAUUUAUAUGUUCAGGAGUUUUUAUUCAUGGAUUGAAUAAUUUUCAGGAUAUUCGUUUAUUAGGUUCAAUAUUUAAUCAAAUACCUUUUACUUCUAUUUGUUUUCAUUUUUCUAAUUUGUCUUUAUGUGGGUUUCCUUUUUUAGCUGGGUUUUAUUCUAAGGAUAUAAUUUUAGAAAUAGUUUUAAUAUUAAAUUAUAAUAUAUUUAUUAUAUUUAUUUUUUUUAUUUCAACUUUUUUAACAGUUUAUUAUACUUUUCGUUUGAUUUAUUUUUCUAUAUUAGGUUGAUAUAAUAUAAUUAGA